AUGGAAAAUGUCGCUCGCCAGAAAGCUCUAGUCGAUGCACAGAAAGCCGAGGCGGCGGCCGCAGCCGCUGUAGCUGCAGCUCAUGCCGCUGAACAAACGAAUGCCCGUUCAAAAAGGGAGGAAUCACGCAAAGCUGCUGCUGCUACAGCGACAAGCGCAAGUGGAUCAGCGACCGGCAGUAGUACAAACAGCUCGGGUGCGACUUCUGGAGCAACAAGUGGUAGUGGUCGUGGCUCGAAGCGAAGCCGCGAUGCUUCAGACGCCGACGAACAUGAGCGCAGGCCCGAGAUUCAUCUGACUAUACCCGAGUCGCUCAAGGCACAGCUCGUUGACGAUUGGGAAAAUGUCACACGAAAAGAGCAGCUCGUUCCACUUCCUCGCAAGCCCAACGUCAAAAGUGUCUUGAGAGAAUAUGCCGACCAUUAUCAGAAAACACAUGCUCAACAUACUCGCACUCUGACUGUGUUGAAUGAAGUACUCGCAGGCCUCAAGCUGUACUUUGACAAAAGUCUAGCACACAACCUCUUGUACCGCUUUGAGCGCGAGCAAUAUGUGCAGAUGCGAAAGCAGCACGGUCCCAAGAUGGGUGAUGGCGAUGUACAGACGGACAUUGCCGCUGUGAAGCCGACGACUCGCCGUGGCCGCGCAUCGUCUUCAUUCUCGACGGCGACGCCCUCGACGCCUUCGACUGCUGCUAGUGCGACUCACUCGGAACAGGCCACUGAAUCACGCGCAAACGAUUCUUCCCCUAGUCUAGGCUCGCACUCAGAGUUGGAAGCGAGUGAAAUUUAUGGUGCCGAGCACCUGCUGCGUCUAUUUGUGAAUCUGCCAUGUAUUGUAGCACAUACGACAAUGGAUGCCGAAUCUGUGGCGAUCCUGCGCGAGCACCUGAAUGAGUUUCUUGCGUUUCUUGCAAAGGAACAAAAGCGGUUCUUUGUACAUGACUAUGAAGAUCCUAGUCCCGCAUACCACCGUUUGAAUGCUACGUAG